UGCCGAGUCUGCCAACUGGCCAAUCCCCCACCACUAUUCCUGACAGCUGGCCAAUCGUAGCAGCUGUUACAUGAGGAACCAGCUUUAUAUUUACGGGGCUGCCUGAGGAAUGUAAACUAUUCAACAUGGAGACAGCAGUCAAUAAGCUGGAGGCGAUGUUCCAGAAGGCGGAAGCUGACCUGGAGUGCAUGGAGAAACAGCUGAAAUUUGAAUUCAUGACCAGUGUUCCUGAAAACGGCUCAGCAGAGGAGAAUCCGGUGAAGCUUCUGGAAAACCUGUCGUCCAUCAAAGUUCGACACAAGGCCCUGUGCGCACAGAUGGAGGAGAUCGCGAUCGAACAGAAGCAGUCUGUGGAGUCGAUCAAGGGCUACCUCAACACGACAGUGCAGCUUGUACAGGAGCUGCAGCAGACUGCAGAUGCUGAGAUUCCACCAUUAACAGAGAAGGAGAAGGAAGCGGCGGAGGUUCUCUGCUUACCAACCUCUCAGCACGAGUCAGAGAAUUCAGCUGCCUUGGACGCACAGCCCGCCCCCGUGCAGCCACAGGACUCGAAGUUUGCGGAGCUGAGCAAAGCGGACUUCGAGGCGGUCCCGCGCAGCGUGCGGUCCGACACCAAGCUGGCCGACCUGAACGCGCUGUACAAGCAGCUGUCUGAGCACUUUGCAGCCAAGAAGAACAGGCCACUCAGCUUGCAGCAGGUGAAGAAAAUGAACACGAAGGCGAACGAAACCAUGCUGAAAACGCUUAAGCACCUCUCCGUCAUCGAGCUAGACAAGAAGGGACUCGUUCACCCGGCAGGGAGAGACUGAGAGACGAGUGAAGGGAUUCCUGAAGACAAGAGAAACACAAAAUGGUUGGUCGCACGGGCAGCAGGUGGUCUGCACUGGUGACGAUGACUGAACUGACCAGCAACUUCCUCCCCUGCCCCAAAGCGGGCAGAUGUACUCUGUGUUUUUACUUGUUUGUAAUUAUCCUGAAGUCUCGACUUUGUUUUGACAAAGGAGAAAGGGUAAGCAUUCCAGGGGGAUUCAGUCAAAUGAGCGCUGGAAUCCUUUAUUCAGCUGCACUUUAACCAUGAGAAGGUUCCCAGCAUAAACCACAUAUUGUACAUGGAAGAGGUGACAUUUGCACUCCUUUUAAAAAAACAAAUGCAAAACAAAAAAACAUUUUGUUGAUGCCAUCUGUAGUUUUAGUGAUUUAUAUGCUCAAAGAACAGAUAGGAAAUGGUCAAACAUAUGCACUUGGCAAAAUCAAGACAUUUGCAAUCAAGACAAAAGUUUAUUUUACUAGAAGAAAGUCUUACCAGUUCAUCUAUGGCGCAGUCAAAAAGGCUUGUUUUUUAACAUUACAUAUUACUUUAUAUUGUACCUAACAAUUAUGGAACAGCAUUUUAACUGGAAAUAAUUUGGGGAAAAAAAGCAACAUUCAUUUAUAAGGACACAUUAGUGGUAGUCAUGUUGUCUUGUAAAAUGUAUUCUUGUGUUUAUCAUUUCUGCUAUUUAAAAUGUCAUUUUGAAAUAUGGUUAUGUAAGGUAUUGAACUCUGUUUUAAAAACAAAGCAUUCUAAAUGUUAUUCGAAAUUGUUACAAUAAAAAUGAGGGAACUGUCA